GCGGCCAACGCUCGUUAUCUCUUAUCUCAGCCGUGUCCUGCGGACGGAUAAUCGUGGCCUCGGGAUCCUCUUCUCGACGAGUCCUGGACGAGGGACUUAGCAACCACGUAGAGAUUCCUUGUGGUCAUCCCCUUUACAGUUCGGUUGAAGGAACGAUGAUUAAAGGUGGCUCGAAGUAGGUGCGCCGGGGCUCGGUCUGCAUUUAAUCGGACCGUUUCGGAUACUUCGCGAGAACUCGAGGAAAGGAAGCGACGCUGGCGAAGCAAGAAUCUCUAGACCUCUCAAGCUUGUAUAAGAAACGAAAUACAGGAUGAGCUUACGUGUACAAUCUUGCGUUAAUAUUCCAACAUCGACUUCGGUCUUCGCAGUUCGACUGAACAGGCGAUCAAAGAUGAGAUGAAGUACAUCGAGACUCGGUUUGCAUUUAAUCCAACAGUUUCGAGAACUUCGCGAGUACUCGAAUAGCAACUUAAAGAGGAAGCUAUACCGAGGAAGGAAUCUCUAGACUCCUUAAGUUUCUAUAGGAAAAGAGAUAUAAGAUGAGUUUAUGAGCAAUUCAGUGCUAACAUUGUAAGUAACGUAUUCCACUUUGAUCUUCCCAGUUCGACUGAACAGACGAUCAAAGAUGGGCUGAAGUACGCUUGGUUAAUCCAACGUUUCGAAAGUUUCGUGAGUGUUUGUAGGCGCAAAGCAACACCGGGGAACAAGAAUCCUCGAACUCUUUAGUCUUUGAUACAGAGAUAAAUGCAAGAUAAACCCACGCUCGCGAUCUAGUGUUACCUACUUCAGACUCCGCAGGCCAGACGCAAAGGGGGAUGCACAAAUCGUAGACCAGCUCAUGAAAGAAUCAAGUUUCUCCUUGAACUCCGCCAGUUGCCGGCGAGCAACUUUUCACUCGGAGUGUUAUUCACAUCAUCCCCGUUCUCCCCCGUCCACUGAAAAUUCAAGCUGGAGGCGUGCGGCCGACUUCUGUGCUGCGUGCAGAGGCUCUGCAAGAGCGAAAGUAGAGUCGAAGAGGCCGAGCAUCGGAUCCCCCGGGGUCGAAGGGGCGCACAGGCGGGCCCCGAGCUGGAGGGGCCCUCAGGCUCGGAGGAUGGCAUCCUCCCGGUACCAGUCAGCCCGACUCCUGCGUCCACCUCCUCGCAGGAGGACGCCUGCAAGCCUCCACCGAAGAACUGCUACCGUCUCGUCAUGCUUGGUAGCGCGAGGGUCGGCAAAACCGCCAUUGUAACACGGUUUUUGUCCAACAAAUUCGAGGAAAGUUAUACACCGACGAUCGAGGACUUCCACCGGAAGCUCUACAGGAUUAGAGGGGAGGUCCAUCAGCUUGAUCUUUUGGACACGAGCGGCAACCAUCCGUUCCCCGCGAUGCGACGAUUAUCCUUCCUAACCGGAGACCUGUUCGUGGUGGUAUUCAGUUUGGACUGCCGGGAGUCCUUCGAAGAGGCCAUCAGGCUGCGAGAAUCGAUCCUGGAGACUAAAGUGAGCGCGACCCAGAGCGCCACAAAGAGCAGAAGCAAGAGUCACUUCAAUUUGAAGGUUCCCAUGGUCAUCGCCGGGAAUAAAUGUGAUAAGGACGUGAGGACGGUGACCGUCGAGGAAGCCGAGGAGUACUGCAACAGCCAGGACGACUGCUGCAUCUUCGUCGAGGUGUCCGCGAAAGGGAACUUCCACGUGGAGGAACUUUUUUACCAACUGUUCGUUGUGGCGGGCUUACCUUUGGAAAUGGCACCCAAUCAUCACAGAAAGGUCGCCGUCACCUUUGGCUCGCCCACGAUGUUACCGCCCUCGCAGCCGAGGCCCAAAGCCACCCUGAGCAUAAAGCGUCGGCUGAGCGACGCCUGCGGCGUCGUCGCGACCAACGUGCGUCGGCCCAGCAUAAGAACGGACCUGAUGAUCAUGAGGACGAAAACGUGUUCCCUCGCGGCCGGCCACGAGAACAACGCGCCCGGCUCCAGGAUCACCCUCAGAACGUCCGACACCAGAAAGACGUGCUCCAUUCAGUGAUAUCCUCCCCGGCUACUUCGUGCACCUCGAUUUCAAAACGACGGGUCUGGGCUGGAGGACGAUCUUCGCGAGCGAUCACCACUAAUUACCGCCGAGCACAAGAAUCGUUGAAAUUCGAACGAAACCCGAGGAACUCUCGCGCGAAGCGAAGGAAAUUUGCUUGACCCUGGAACUACCAGAUCGAAACGACACACUUCGUAUUUCAACGGGAAUUAUCGAGGAAACACGAGUGAUUUUCUGGGAAACAAUUAAGUACAUUUCGUGAACUGAAAUAUAAUUGGAAUAAAUGCAGUGUUAUAGUUUGUAUGAAUUACAGUCAGUUUCAUCGCUUGGCAGUUCUAGGGUUAAACCCGUAACUUUCACGCUUGAAAACGAUUAAUUAACCCCCGAAAUUUUGUCCGCUGUCAGUCGAUGUAAGUACGUUAAUUACGAUGAAGUUCUACGAACGUUAAAGUUAGAGAAAUCAGAAGAAAUUUCCACUGUCGGUGUUUAAACAAAAGCCAAUCGCAGAGAUGAGAGACUCCUCGAACGGGAUAUCGCGGAGGACCGCGAGAGCUUUGAGCAGGGUUAAAACGAAUAGCCGCCGCGCGUACGGUCGAGCAAUUAAUCUUCGCCGAGCGGGAGAAGAAGUCGCGGGGAACAGGAACGAAUUAAGAUGUCCAGGGUUUUCAGCGUUGCUCGCCGGUCGUCGCGAGCGGAGAUCGUCGCAGGAAAAAGGAUACGUUCAACCGACCACGCUGCUCGCCUUAAUUAAUUAAAAGAAGGGAAUAGCUCUAGCAUAGCGUCCUAGAGGUAACGUGUACUAUUAAAAUAAGAUUGUAACCGAGGAUCGAGUUUGUUAGAUGAAUUAAUCGGCGACGGAUCACGCCGGGAAGUGUUCCGUGAUUAGGCGAAACGGCGGGAACGCCGGUUCCGCGGUGGUUUCCGGCGGUCCCGGAGCGUCAUCGGAACCGUCGGCCAUUUGCAAUCGCGGACGGGGCCGCUCCCGCAACUUUUUCACCCCGAGAGCGUUCCAGCAAGCGAACCAGAGUAAUCCAAUUGCAAAAAUUCGAUUCCAGUCGGCUGAAAACAAUAUUCGGUAUCUCGCAGCGCUUUUACUUCCUUCCGAAACGAAGCUGGCCGUCCGCUUAAUUAAUUCCACGAUGUAUCUGGGAACGCGGACACCGGCUCUCUAACUUCCGUGCAAUUCCCAAAAACACGUUCGUUUCUUUCCAACGUUCGAGCGGCACGGAAAUCGAAGUUACAUGUAGAAACCGUUGUACAAGGGAGUAAUUUAAUCUGUAUCGAAGGGCAGGCGGAAAACACAGAACGGAAACGCAAGCGAUCGUCCGCGGGAACCGUUUGAUCGUAAAAUUGGCCGGCGAACGCCGGCGCGAAGGGGAUGUAAAUCGAAUUUCGUCCCGACCGAUCGCAAGGGACGAAAUUUCGAAACGCGCGGUCGCGUGUCCAGCCAGCCAGGCCCGCGGCGGCCGUAAACAUGGCCGGCCGUUCGUGAAUUUUGGAUUCUGUUCAAGCAUUAUUCCGAAGCUGACCCGAACCAAAUACCGUAUACGUGUAUAUAGCUAGUUUAUUCAUACGCGACCAGCGAACACGCGCGCGCGCCGUUGCGUUGAGUUGUUUCGAGCGUGUUGCGAGAUGACCGAUGCGUUUGAUCGAUCAUUCGCCGCUAAGCUCCGGACCCGGGUAUCGCUCGAACUCGGAUGCCCGAUGGAAGCUUCACGGAAUCGAGCAUCCCCGCGCAUCGAUUCUAAUUAAUUUCGAAUGCUCCGCAGUCACCGUUCCGCGCUUUCGUCGAAAUCCUCCCGGAGUCCGGCGAUUCCCGAAUUGCCGCGGGAUCGGGAGCCAAGCUUCACCGUGCUCCCGACUUUUCGGCCGUGUUCGUUCGAUCCGAGGAUGCAGGACGACCAGGGAAGCUUCGAACAAUCUUGCCGCAUCACUACGCAUACGCGCUAAUUUGAAAAUGAAAGGAAGAGACGGUUAUUGUAACGACCGAAGGGAGAACCGCCCUUCCGUACGACCCAUCCCCUAAUUUUCGGACCAAUGACGUUCCGUUUUUCUUGUAAUAAAUGCGUAAACGAUCCUGAUGCGUUCUCUUUCUUAACCGAAUUCCUUGCAGAAACUCGCCGCGAAACGAUGGCGAGAUUAGGAGGGAGAGAGGAUCGAGGAAGAUCUACCGACUUCGUCGCGAAGGAUAAGUAUCUCGUCAUAGAAUUGUAUCAGUGCGUUUGUAUGAGAGUCGGCGACGGGGCAAUUAACAGAAAUAUCCAUUACACUGUUCUCUUUAAUUACCGUUGACGAAG